CUCUCAGGCGACGUGCCGUUUUGUUUUGCUUUUCUUUUUCUCUCUUCUUUGCUCGUUUUUGAUGCCUAAGUACGAAGUUCUUGCGUUUCCAUUUGCAAUUCAGGCAUUCUCCAAGGAUCAUCCUCUCCGAUUCCGAUUCGCAUCGUCGACCCUCAGCACUUCCGAUCUCGACUCUUUCUGUAUCUCUCUCUCUCGCGUCCCAGAGACCAUGCCGGCGAGCUCGCUCAAUUGGCAGCCGUCGCAUUUCUCGACUUUCACGAGCAAGUGCAACGGCGCGACGUUUGAGUUGAGGAUCGUCUGCUCCGUCAGGAACCCUAGCUACGGGACUCCGCCCGCCGCAUUGUCGUUACGCCGAUCUUCGGCGGGAGACGGGCCGGCUUUCACCCUCGCCAGGUGCUCCAGCUCGGAAUCCGCCUCGACGAGGACGGCUCAGGUGAGCCGCGGCGUUUUGGAGAGUAGAGCCGAACCGACGAUUGAUGGGGGCGGGGGCGGCGGUGGCGAAGACGACGGGCCCCGCGGAGGUGGCGGAGGCGGCGGCGACAACGGUGGAGGCGGCGGCGGCGGCGGCGGCGGUGAGAGAGAGGAAGAGGAGUUUGGUCCGAUAUUGAAGUACGAAGAUGUAUUGAGAGAAACGGAAGCGCGAGGUGCGAAGCUUCCUGACGAUAUGUUGGAGGCCGCCAAGAGCACGGGGCUUCGCGAGCUUAUUCUUCGACGAUAUCUGGAUUUGCAGGAGUCAUAUUGGCCACUGGGUUUUCUGAUGAAGCACUGCUCAAUGCUUCGGAACCGGAUGUUGGCCGAUCCUUCUUUUCUUUUCAAAGUUGGAACUGAGAUAGUCAUCGAUUCCUGCUGUGCAACUUUCGCUGAAGUUCAGAAGAGGGGCAAGGAUUUUUGGUCAGAGUUUGAGCUAUACAUGGCUGAUUUGUUGGUUGGUGUGGUGGUAGACAUUGCUUUAGUUGGUAUGUUAGCACCAUAUGUUCGCAUAGGGCAGAAGUCUAUGUCAAGAAGUUUGUUUGGACGCAUUCAACACGCUUGUGGUUCUCUUCCCAGCAGUGUUUUUGAAGCUGAAAGGCCAGGUUGUAGGUUCUCUGUUAAGCAGCGGAUUGCUACAUAUUUUUACAAGGGUGUAUUGUAUGGAUCGGUGGGAUUUGGAUGUGGUCUUAUAGGUCAAGGUAUAGCGAAUUUGAUAAUGACUGCGAAAAGGAACAUUAAGAAAUCAGAGGAGGAUAUACCUGUGCCACCUCUCAUACAAAGUGCUGCACUUUGGGGUGUUUUCCUUGCAGUAUCUUCCAACACACGUUAUCAAAUUGUAAAUGGCCUUGAGCGCCUGGUUGAAGCAUCACCUAUGGCAAAGAAUGUCCCACCUGUCACAAUGGCUUUCACUGUCGGCGUGCGGUUUGCCAACAAUAUCUAUGGUGGAAUGCAAUUUGUAGAUUGGGCUAAAUGGAGCGGGGUUCAGUAGCAGCAGAUGCUCGCACAUAAAUUAUAUUAUCUCAUCUCAUUCUUUGAAACGGGGACAGAAUUUCUAUGUUUGGCAAACUGUUGAUUACAUUGGUAAGAACAGUAUGAUUUUCAGGUUUCAUAGUGAUUCCCAUUUGGUGGCAUGUUUCUGCCCUUUUCUAUUUGGCUACAUGAGACAGAGAAGGAAAUAGUGAGACGUGAAGAUAAUUCUUGUCUAGAAUACUGGAUGAAGUCCCUCUUCGUGAGCUUGCUCAUUUGAGUUAUACUAUUCCUGCUAACAGAGCUCAGACUUAAAGAACCCCAAAUCUCUCUCUAGUCGCUUGUGGUUUCAAUUCAGUCAGUUCCUCUUCACGGAUUAUAACUCCUGGUGAGGAUUUUAUUUGUUUUUCUCUUCUGGGUGUCUGCUCUUUUGCUUAAUUGGCACAGAUUUGUUGUUCUUCACUCUGUAUUUUACUACUUUGCGUCACUUCUUGUUU